AUGCGGCUUUUUUCCGCCUGCCUGUUCUUCAUCACCUGGACCCUCUAUCUCUGUCUGGGUGGCUGUCGACCAUUUCAACUCCAAUCCCGUGUACAUCAGUACGCAAUAGGCGAUAAAAUCACCAUCAAAGUUAAGCCGACGACGUUGGGUGUGCGCAUUGGUAUUGGUACACCCAAAUAUAAAGAGUACGAAUGUACCGUGAUUGAAGGACGUGAUGGGGUGGUAUGCAGGCUGUACACCCAGAGCCAGUGGGCUGUCGCGAAGUACAACAAACCCGUCGAGAGUGAUCGCAACGCUUUGGAUCAAGCCAUUCCGUUCGGUGAGGAAGUCGCAGCGCUGAAAGAUGUUGGCUUGUACAUCAAGACUCUGACGGCUUUUGACGGGAAAAAGUGGAUGGUGAUGAAGGAUGUGAAGGUUGGUCCACCGCGGAUGUACCAUCCCAUGAAAUUAGCGGUUGAAGCUAAUACACAAGAGGAAUGCAAUUCUGUCGUGGACGCUGUUAUGGAACGAUCUGUGGAGAUGACUGAAUUUUGGAUCCAGGAGAAAGACCUUUAUCAAGAUGAUCUAAAGUCCAACAAUUGUUUUGUCACCCCGAAUUUGGACAGACUGACACUCAUUGACCAUGGUCGCUCGAGGCGGGUUACUGAAUUGACUCAGGAUAUGAAGGUCGACAUCCAAAUCAGUUCGUUGAGAGGAUUCUCUGCUUUGGGGGAAAAAUGCAACGAGAAGCCUAAGGGAGGACAAAAGAGGGAAUUUCCGCGUCUGAUCAAACCUAAAGUGUGAAACUUGGCUGGGAACACCUCGAGGAGGGACGAAGCCCAAGCCCAAGCACGAGGAAAGGCCGAUGACAGAAGACUAGGGCCCCUCUGCUCUAAGAUAAAUUCCUAUCUUAUAU